CCCGCGCAUCCGGGUGCCCACUUCAAAUGGUUCUCACUCUAGCUUUCUCUCUCUAAAAGUACCCACCAUCACUACUGCCGUCUGCAUUUGGAAAUUUUGAAACCCUAGAAAGCUCCUCCACAAUGGAGAUGACAGACGAGCAGAGGCAGAGAGCCGAAGCGAACCGCCUCGCUGCCCUAGCCAAGCGCAAGGCACUCUCCGAGGCUAACACGAACCAACACCCCUGGAAACUAUUCAAAUGCCGGAAAGUCUCUACCUUUCCCGACUCCACUUCCACCACUUUCCCGAGAACCAAACACCCCGAUCUAUUUCCCAAGCCCCAACAACCCACCACCCAUUCGCCCCAAAAGUUUCGCGUUCGGCUCGAAAUCUGUUCGCCCGAUUCAUUCUCUGCCACGCCCGUGGCUGUGGAGGGUUUUGCCUAUCCCGGUGAAGUCGCGUGCUUGGAGAAACUAAGCGAUUGCCUCUCAAAUGUUGUACUGUCACACCAUACACAAGUCCAUGGUGGUGGAAAGGCUUGUGUUUAUAAACUUGGGGACUAUGAUGAGGUUCUUAGAUGUUUGAAGAAUUACAAGACCAUUGAAAUUGAAGAGAUACCUUGGGGAACUCUUAAUGUUGUUGGGAGACUUUCGCAUUCUGUUGUUGAAGGGCGGUGGAUACCUUGUAGGCCAGAACACUUGUCUGAUGAGAAGGUUGAUGAACUGAUUAGGAAGCUUCCGGAAACAUUGCUAGAUGCAUUGCUGCCUUUCCAAUUAGAAGGUAUUAGAUUUGGCUUACAAAGGGGUGGUCGGUGUCUCAUUGCGGAUGAAAUGGGACUUGGAAAAACACUUCAGGCGAUCGCAAUUGCAUGCUGUUUUAUGAGUGAAGGUCCUAUACUUGUUGUCUGCCCGGCUAUUUUGCGAUUUUCAUGGGCAGAAGAAUUGGAGCGUUGGCUUCCCUUUUGUUUACCUGCUGACAUCCAUCUCGUGUUUGGUCACCAAAAUAAUCCUGUACAUUUGACGAGAUGCCCAAGAGUUGUGGUUAUUUCAUACACAAUGCUUCACCGCUUGCGAACAAGCAUGUUAGAGCGAGAGUGGGCUCUGUUGAUUGUCGAUGAAUCACAUCAUGUUCGCUGUUCAAAGAAACCAUCUGAACCUGGAGAGAUAAAAGCUGUCCUUGAUGUGGCAACAAAGAUCAACCGUAUAGUUCUAUUAUCUGGGACGCCUUCUUUGUCAAGACCAUUUGACAUCUUCCAUCAGAUAAAUAUGUUAUGGCCUGGUCUGCUUGGACAGAACAAAUAUGAAUUUGCAAGGACUUAUUGUUCUGUCAAAUUUAUCCAGGGUUGUCAAGGAAAAACUUUCCAGGAUUUUUCUAGGGGUGUUCGCUUGGAGGAGUUAAAUGUGUUACUGAAGCAGACUGUUAUGAUAAGACGUUUGAAGAAGCAUGUGCUGGUGCAGUUGCCCCCCAAACGUCGUCAGAUUAUAAGUUUGCAGUUGAAGAGAUCUAAUAUUACUUCAGCAAUGACUGCUCGUCGGCUGGUGAAAAGUGAUGCUUCAGGAAAUGACGACCCUGAAGAGGAGCCUUUAGAGAUUUCUGAUGAACAUGAUGACUGUGGUAGCUGUCCCGGAUCUUUUAGGAUACUCUCCAAGGAGGAAAUUGGUAUUGCAAAGUUGUCAGGGUUUUUUGAGUGGCUUUCCAUGCACCCAAUCUUUUCAGAGUUAGAUGGAGCAGAUAAUAUGGAAUUUAGCAUCAGUUCUCAUAAAAUGUUAAUAUAUGCUCAUUACCAUAAGGUUCUUGAUGGAGUGCAGGAGUUUGUGUGUGAUAAAGGGAUUGGAUUUGUUCGCAUCGAUGGGAAUACAUCUCCCAGAGAUAGGCAGUUAGCUGUUCAUUCAUUCCAGUCAUCGAAAGAGGUUAAGAUUGCAAUGAUUGGAAUCAUGGCUGGUGGUGAAGGACUUGAUUUUUCAUCAGCACAACAUGUUGUGUUCUUGGAGCUGCCUCAGAACCCAUCUCAUAUGUCUCAGGCUGAAGAUCGUGCUCAUAGGAGAGGGCAAACCAAAGCUGUCAACAUAUAUGUCUUCUGUGCAAAGGAUACUUCAGACGAGUCACGGUGGCGAAACCUGAACAGGAGUUUGCACCGUGUUUCAUCUACGACAGAUGGGAAGUAUGGGGCAAUACAAGAGAUAGAGGUUGAAAGUGUUUCUUAUCUAGAAACAGCUGGAAAUUUUGAAAAUCCAACUUCAGAGGGAGCAACACGGAGUGAAGUCUCUGGUGUAAAGCGAAUGCAGCUUCCUAAAUUUAACUCUGAUCCAGAGUUAUUGCCCAUUGAAGAAUAUGAAGAAAUAUCUGAAAUGGACAAGAAAACCGAAGAACAGAAUGAAACUGGUGCCAAUUCAUCGCAAGAUGACAGUUUUCAUGCUGAGGCUGACAUGGUUUCUGAUCUAGAUAUGUGGACGCAUUCUGUUCCAAGUAGAGGAUUAGAAGCCAAUGCUUUUGAAGCUAAAACUGGAUGUGCUGAAAUAAUUUCUUCACAUAAUUUGGAAGAAGGCUGCGAAGGACGGAAUCAGUUGGAAGAGGGAGGGAAUAUAAUUUCUGAAAGAUCUGUCGAGCCGAUUGAAGUUGAUUCAAGCAACUCUAUCCAAGUUGAAUGUCUCCGUUUUGAGGUGAGCCAAUAUACUGGACGGAUCCACUUAUACUGUUGUAUUCCAGGGAUAGAUUCAAGACCAAGACCACUUUCUGAAAAUUUCCGACCUGAGGAACUUGAUUCACCAAAUCUUCCUGCUAACAAUAACAAAACACCUCACAUAACUAUCAAGGAUAAUCCAGCAUAUAGGCAUGCUCUUCUGGCGUUUAUUAAUGAAUGGAAAAAUCUCCGGCCCAUUCAACGAAACAGGUUGCUUGUCAAGCCUCUACAACUUCCUUUAUCUAUUGAGUUGUGCUAUUUGAAGGAAAGCCUUAACCAUGAUAGUGGGGGAUUAUUGAGGGGGAAAAGCAAGAGACGUACUACACCUUUGAAUGAGAUAACUCAUCUGUUACCAUCAAAUGCUGUGUGGAAGAAGGUCCAUCUCCGUGGUGGUUGUGAUAAAAAGGAGAAAGAAUACACUCAGGGUUGGACUGUCACUGGUGAACCACUCUGCAAACUUUGUCAAAUUCCGUGCAAGAGCAAAAAUGCCAAGACACCUGACUAUCUUGAGGAUCUUUUCUGUAAUUUGAUUUGCUAUGAAGAAUAUCGCUUAAGAACUAGUCAGAGAUUCCUCCGUCAGGAGCUUUUCCAAAUUGAACAGGGCAUUUGCACAAAUUGCCAAUUAAACUGCCAUAAACUUGUGGAGCACAUAAAGCCUUUAUCCUAUGCAAAGCGGCAGAAAUACAUUGAGAAGGCGGCACCAAAGUUGGCCAGGCGUAAGAAAUUACUUGAAAAGCUUGUACGAGAUCCAACUGAGGGCAAUGCAUGGCAUGCUGACCACAUUGUACCUGUCUAUCAAGGGGGAGGUGAAUGCAGGCUAGAGAACAUGAGGACCCUUUGUGUGGUAUGCCAUGCUGAUGUUACUGCUGCACAAUGUGCUCAACGACGUUCAGCAAGGGCGAAGGCCAAGAAACAACUUAAAGCCAUCAUGAAUGGCCUAAAAAAUAUUCAAAAAACAGACCAAACUGAUUCUAAUCUAAAGGACGAAGGUUGUCUGGAGAACACAGAUGAAGAGCUUUUGAUCAAGGUUCCUGGGAGUGCAUACUCUGGAGCAAUAAAUGGUGUAACCAGAACUGACAAGCAUGAUGAGUCGGCUAAUGCUUGAGAAUCUAGGUAAUCGACAGUGAUGAAGCAUCUUAAAGCAGAAUCUGCAUUGUCGGGGUAAUCUCCCCAGUUCUUGUUUUGUAUUAGGCAAUUCUUAAAAUACUGAAGGAGUAUUUGUAUUUUGUAAUCCAGAAGUUGGUGCUCAGAGAUUCUGCAAUUAGAAAAAGGAGGUUAGGAAAAUCAGCACCCAAAAAAAAAACAUUAUUUUAUGUUGUAUGAAUAGCUGCAUCUUUUUUUCUUCUUUCAAGAAUGCAUUGUUUAUAA